AGCAGCCUUAAAUGGCAGUGGCGAUCAGCAGCUCGCUGUUGUCGUUCCUCUUUGACUAUUUGCCUGUGACAGCUGGUUAGAGGUAGUCUGACAGCAUAACGUGAAUACACGGGGAAGUGAAAGCGCAUGCAUUUAAUUCUAGUCGUUGGGUGCUCGGCGUUUUUUUUUAUCAGCAAACCAUUUAUCGGUUGCUCUUUUUCAGCUGUCCUCCUCCAUUACAUUGACGUUAACGUUAGCUUAGUUUGCUAGCAGUCAGCGACAUUAUGGCAUGCGUAUAAAUGGAAGAGCUCUUCCUCGUUGGGUUUACCAUAAGGGGCAGUUCUGUUUUAAGUAGCUGACUUGGAUGAUAAAUCCUCAGAGACUUCCCGUAAAAGCCUCACAAACUGCUAUGGAGCCACACGCGGCUAUAGGGUGUGUGAACAUUUGCAGUCUGACCAGCACCUUGCCUGUGAUCCCCUACCAGAAGCUGACAGACCUGUACUACCUGAGCAGAGGGGGCUUCGGCACCGUGUUCAAAGCGCAGCACUCCGACUGGAGGACCACUGUGGCCAUCAAGUGUCUGAAACUCGAUUGUCCUGUUGGAGAAAGAGAGAGGAACUGCCUGCUGAAGGAGGCCGAGGUGCUCCACAAAGCCAGGUUCAACUACAUCAUCCAGAUCUUCGGCAUCUGCAACGAGCCUGAGUUUUUCUGUAUUGUCACCGAGUUCAUGAGCAAUGGCUCUCUGGACCUGUUGCUCCACGAGAAGGACAUGUACCCAAGACUCGCCUGGCCUUUGCGACUGAGGAUCCUGUAUGAGAUUGCCCUUGGGGUUAACUUCCUUCACAACAUGAACCCACCCCUCUUACAUCACGACCUAAAGACACAGAACAUACUGUUGGAUUGUGAAUUUCAUGUUAAGAUCGCUGACUUUGGCCUUUCAAAGUGGCGACAGCUGUCUGUCAGUAAAGGCUCGGGGUCCAAGCCCACAGAGAUGGGGGGCACAGUGAUCUACAUGCCCCCUGAGAGGUACGAACCUUCCAAGAGCCGUCGGGCAGAUGUGAAACACGACAUGUACAGCUAUGCCAUCAUUAUGUGGGAAGUGCUGUCCAGGCAGAUUCCAUUUGAAGAGGUGACCAACCCAAUGCAGAUCAUGUUCAGUGUGCUACGUGGGUUGCGUCCUGACACAAGUCUGGGCAGUCUGCAUGCUGACAUCCCCAGUAGAGAAACCCUCAUCAGUUUAAUGACCUGCGGUUGGAGCGCUAACCCCGAUGAACGACCUUCCUUCCUCAAGUGUUUGAUUGAGCUGGAGCCCAUGGUGAGGAAUUUUGACGAAAUCGACUUACUGGAGGCAGUGUUGGAGAUCAAGAAGUCAAAGUUGAAGCAAGGAUCGGCCUGUUGUUCAGCCCAGUCAGUGAGUGAGAAGAGAAGCGAGGAAGGAUCCCUGAACAUGCUGAAGGACAGGCUCAGCCCCUGGCCGGAGAGCUCCACCUCAGGCUCAGGCUCAGGCUCUUGUUCCUCCCAGGACACGGACAUAUCUCUACCAGGCGCCCUCACCAGCAGCAAUGCUGCACCUUCUAAAGAGGGACAUCUGUCGUCGUAUUCUCAUACUCUAGAGCGUCCUGAGUCUUUGAUAGACAACUGCACAGUCAACAAUCUGAAUGGCUACCAGAGUGCCAGGCCCCUUAACUAUUUGAACAUACCCAUCAAACCAGGCCUGCCUGUCACUGAAUAUGAGACACAGCUGGAUAACCUCACCCUCAAGCCUCAGCAACAAGCAGAUAACUCUCUUCUGUUGCGGCAUUCCCCUCCCUCACAAGGCCCAAUUGCCCAGUGGAUCGCGACACGGCGUGAGGAUAUUGUCUCCCAGAUGACAGAGGCCUGUCUGAACCAAAGCUUGGAUGCCCUGCUGGCCCAAACCAUGCUUAUGCGGGAGGAUUACGAGCUGGUGAAGACCCAGCCGACGCGCACCGCUAAGGUCCGCCAGCUCCUGGACAACUGUCACCGACGCAACGAAGCCUUCUGCCGCAUUGUCGUCCGCAAGCUGUGUGACAACAAGCAAAUGGGCCUGCAGCCAUUCCCAUCUGAAAUUGGCUCCCCUACUCUCGUCCCCAACGCGCCGCCUCUGUCCAUGUCCUGCAAUAUCCCCAGGAACAAGUAGCAGCAGUCACAGCCAAUCCAUGAAAACAAUCCAGAUUAUUAACUGUGCCAACUUUACACUACAACUCCUACCUGUUCUUUUUGUCGUCAAGAUGGUCACUGUGGUUUCUGUCAGUCUUUCCCUCAAAGAGAAGGAGGAACUGAGGGCUGCGUGAGCAAAAAGAGUCACAGGUACAAAACUAAGCUUUUGGCUUUGAAGAAUAUCCACUCACGAGAGACAAAGAGGUUUUAUUCUGUAUAAUCAGAAUCAAAAGUUUGAAAGAAUCAAUGAUUUUAUUUAACAAUGUCAAGGAUUUAUUGAUUUAUUUAUUCUGAGUGGAUGUAUCGCAGAGUUUCUCUCCUUUGUCUCCGUUACGUGGGUGUGUGUGGGUGUGUGUGUCUGUGGUUGGGUGGGAGUGUGUGUGUGGAUGUGUGGCCAUUUUUGUCAAAUGCAAACAUCCCCAAUACACUCAGUUGAUCUGAGUAAGUGAUAUUAGGACUGUUAACAAGCUGGAAAACCUACAGCAAAAAUAAGGUUAAUUCCCAUUAAAGCAAUCUUGGUCAAAUGUUGGUUUACCGCCUGAGAAAGUGAGCGAGCAUGUGGCCCUCUGUGUCUUUGUAUUAAAGCGAAGUAUGUGGUCUUUUAGUGUUGAAAUGAGUUGUGAUUUUGAUAGACUGUGACCGCGUGGGAAGUUUUUGUCCCUGCCCCGGGCUCUUUUUCCUCCCCCCUCCUUUUCUUUUUACUGCUGAACUAAAGAGAGUCGCUGGGAUGUUGAGUAAAGACGAAGUUGAGGUUGUAAGAUAUCACUCAGAAUGAGAGGGAUGCGUGUCUGUCUGCAUGUCUUUGUCUAGAUUAAAAGUGGACCAAAGUGAUCUGAUUUCUUUUGGUCUUCUCAGUAGUGGCCUCACCUCUCAGUAUUUUUAAUAGUGUUGUUUUAAUAGAGACACUUCAGACUCAUCUGGAUACUUCCAGAGCUGCAGUUUAUCGAUGGGUUUCACAUUUUUGAUCCUGUUGAGCUGCUCUGCAGGAGAAAUGCAACACAUGAACAGAUAAGAUCAAACAGGCUUUGCUUGUAGCAACCUUUUAGUUUACCUGCUUUAUAAAGUGCACUCUAAGCAGCCAAUGCUCAGUUUAUCACUCUCUAGACUCGUACAUUUUCUACUGUAGCUGUGCUUCCUAAUCUGCUCAAAAGGACAGUAACACCUGUUUAUAAAAUCAUUUUCACUCUGUUUCUCAUAUACAGAGAUCAGAGACCUUUAGAAAGGCUUAAUGCAAGAAAAUACACAUUUUCACAUUAAGACCGUAGCACCAGAUUGUUUGUAUAAGUAAUACUGAGUAAUACAGUUUUUGAAUUACUUCAUGCAUUGUAAACAAAUUAUUUCUGUUUCCAUGACACAGGUGUUACUUCCAGUCCUCCUUAUAGCCAUGUUUGUAUAUGUGUGUGUAAUAGGACUGCAACUAACGAUUACUUUGACAAGUAUUUUCUUGAUCAGUCAUUUGGUCUGUAAAAUGGUAGGAAAUGCAUUUCACUGUUUCCCAAGCCCAAGGUGACAUCUUCAAAUUUUGUCCAAAACCCAAAGAUAUGUAGUUUACUGUCAUAGAAGACUAUUCACUUAUAAAUUGCUGGAACCAGUCAAUCUUUGGUAUUUUUGCUUAAAAAUAACUUAAUUGAUUUAAAAAAAAAAAAUUGUUGAAGAUUAAUUUUCAUAUUAAUUAACAAAUCGAUUCAUCAACUGAUCGUUUCAGCUCUAGUGUGUAUGUUGUAUGCAGGUAUACAUCCCAUUAAGGGCCUUCGUCACUGCCUUUACUUCCUGGGUAGCAGUAGUUAAAUAGGUACAGUAGUGUAGCUGUGUCAUUUACUGUCAUUACAUCCACAAAUUCCCCACACAGUAACCUUUGUAUUGUUCCCCAUCGUUGGGUCAUUUUCAGUUGAAUAAAGAACUUUAAAAAACACUGUGGGAAAUGAGCCACAGCAGGUGAUUCUUAGUAAGACACAAUAAAUCGUACACAAUUAUAUCAUGUCAUUUAAAUGACAACAGGAAGGCCAAGCAAGGUCGAUAUGUUUUCAUAAUGUUGCCUUGUCUUUGAUAACUGUGCCUCAUAUUCUGCUUUUGGUCUCAACUAUAGAAAUGUGCAAAAGCGUUUAACACAUAUCAAGAAACGAUGAGUAAAAAUGCUACAAAUUUGAUAGCUUAAAUAUGUUGUAACAUAUUUUGUACUGUAGAUGAUAGUUUCAUCUUUUUUAUAUAUAUUUUCAUUUGUGAUCUCUUGGUAAAAACUCAUGCAUUGUUUUUGUUAAGUGAUGAUUUGAUAUUCGUAGAAUCACCUUCUUCAAAAUACCGGCCUCAUUUGGUACCAUGUCAUUAUCAGUGUCAUAAUGUGUUACAGAACCAUAGACGUACAGAACGUUCCGUUGAUAUGUAGCUGUGGUUUCAAAAGAAACUAAAUUUUUCAUAUAUUGUAUCAAACUCUUCAUUAAAAUGGGUUCUCGGUUCUAAC